ACCUACCGUAAUAAAGCAGCCCCAGUCUUUCCAUGUCCCUCCAAGUCAACGACCCACGGUCGCGUGGCCGUUCCAAGUCUCCGGGCGGGCGCAGCCGUGACCGUUCCAGAUCUCGCAGUCAGGUUCCUUCGCCGGCCCCAGAAAGCAGGAGAAGGAGAACCAACAAAAAGUAUUCCGAUUCCGAGUCAGCAGGUGAGAAUCUUCGCUCCGCGUCGCGCAAUCCUCGGAGUAGAGGUUCGAGGAGCAAUGCGCGAUACGAUGUCUCGUCGGAGGAAUCAGAGGAUUCGGAGGAUGAUCACAGGGACAGGCACCGGCAUCGUCGUGAUCGCUAUGCUCACUCGGAUGUCGGGGAGGAAGACUUGAAGAGUCCGGCGCCUAAAUACAGUGGGACUGCAGGUUACGAUUCCCGAUCGCAUCGUCGCCAUCCCUCUCAGUACGACCGCGACCGCUAUUCGAGCGAUUCUGAUUCCUCGGCGGAUGAUGACCUCGCAUAUGGGGAUCUACCUGGGAAGCGCGAAAAGCAUUACAGGCUGUCUUCGGGUGGUUCUAAAUUGGCUGGGUUGUUCAAGCGCGGGUCAUCGCGUCCUACUGAGGAAGCACCGCCUGAGGUACCUGGCAGCCACCCUGGCUAUGCAAGGCACCAUCCGUUUAAAUACGCGGAUCCGGUGCAAUCUCCUCAUGCAGAGCUUGGGGUUUUACAGCCGAACUGGCCGCCGAUUCCUGAGUGCGAGAUGCCCGGGUUUGUGCCACCGUCAUCACAAGCCGAAGCGCAGACCAUGCCGGGGGCAUUUCCAUCUGUCACCGUGUCUGGUCAACCCGGUGUGUCUGCUGCAUCUGCGCCCGUGUAUGCGGUGCCUCAGUAUAUGAAUGUUAGUCAACACCCGAAUAACCCAUAUGCACCUCGCCCGCUUUCGAUCCCUACCACCGUUGCGUAUGCCCCGGCAGUGAGCUCGCCGAAUCACCAGAGACAUUCCUCGAGCGAUUCACCCAUCCAUCCAGCGUAUGCGAACCCGCCUGCAUUCCAGUAUGCACAGAUCGAUCCCAGCCUUAGAUAUGCCACAAGCAAGCCCGCAGGCAAGCCGCAUACGCACUCUUCAAGCGCUCAACUCUCUCGGCCCUCGACAACCGAGGCUGGCCAGCCGCAUCAAGAGGUCAGGUAUACAACUCAGCCUGAAUCGUCCAGGCCGCCUCCCCUUCCAAGCCGCGACCAGCAGCAUUUCGUUGAGAUUGCACCUGGGAACCGGACGCACGGUCGUUCCCACAGCCAUUCCGUGUCGUCUGCGAAUAACCUUACGGUUGCAGUGCCUGACCCAAGUCAUCGUCCGAGCAGCCCUCUGCUGGAGCCAUACACGGGGACUUAUCAGUCUAUUUCACCUAUGCCUUCACCGAUUAUUGCGGCUCCCAGAUUGGACGACGAGUUGUCGGAUCUGGAGCCGCUAGACGCGCCUUCUGAUAUGGACCGUGGUUUGAUGAAGCACAUUCGAAAGAGGUCCAAGGAUGACAGGGAACACAAGGAGCGAAGAAGUGAACGGUCCAAGAGGGAUAGUAGUCGUGUCCGACACGAACGGCACGGAUCCCAUGAUCCCGAGUCCCUAAUUCUGAUCUCGCCCAGCAGCGGGCGCAAGCGAGUGUCGUUCUACGACCCAGCCCCCGAUGCGAUAGCGAUGCAGGAAGCAUUGUCACACACGCGUAACAUUGACACGAAAACCUUGAUUCGCAUUCUGCCGCACUUGGACAGCGAUGAAGUUCUGGACCUGCGCAAGGAGUACAAGAACCAUGUCAAGUUACACGGCAAGGGAAUCAACGUGGCUAAGCACAUCCGCUUGAAGUUGGGCAACAGCACCUUCGGUAAGGUGUGUUAUGUGACUGCACUGGGCCGAUUCGAAUCCGAGGCAUACUGGGCGAAUUGCUACUACCAGUCCAGUACUUCCCGACGGGAGCUCUUGAUUGAAUCUCUGAUGGGACGAACCAACAUGGAAAUCCGCGAGAUCAAAGAGGACUUCCGCGAUUCGCGGUACAUGGAUGACCUGGAGAAAUGCAUGAAGGCCGAGUUGAAGGCGGACAAGUUCCGGGUGGCGGUGCUGCUUGCCCUGGAAGGGAGACGACAGAGUGAGCGGGAACCCGUGAAUCCAGACUUGGUGCAGCGGGAUGUCCAGGAUUUGUACCGGGCGUUGAUGUCGCGGGAGGGCGGAGAGACAGCGAUGAUUCACACCAUUGUCCGGCGGAGCGAUUCGCAUCUGCGGGAAGUGCUGCGGGUGUAUGAGAGGAUAUACAAGCACAAUUUUGCAAAGGCGAUGAUUGCCAAGUCACGAAACCUUGUUGGAGAGACACUGGCCCACAUUCUCAACGGCGCCAUCAAUCGACCGAUGCGAGACGCUCUUCUCCUCCACCAGGCCCUCCGUGAGUCCCGCAGCGGCAAGGAACGCUCCGAGCUGUUGAUUUCGCGGUUGGUCCGACUCCACUGGGAACCACGACAUCUGGAGCGGGUAAAGAGCGAGUUCCGCAAGCGAUACAGGGAGCGACUCGAGGAGGCGAUUGCGGUGGAGGUGUUGGGUACGACUGGGGGAAGUGAAUGGGGGGAGUUUUGCAUCGAGUUGGCGAGAAGCUCAUCGGUGCGAAAGGCUUGAUGUGAUGGUCUUGUGUUUUGUUUUGUUUCUUUUGUGAUGAUAUGAUUGUUAUGAUGAUGAGAUUCUAUUUCCUGAUUGAUUCUGGGAUGCGUAACGCGUUAUGACUAGUAUCUGUAUACAAUUCCAUGAUGGGUAACUGCUACUUCGAUGACAUCCAAACCAUUAGGCCUCAUUGCAGGAGACAUACGUACUUCAAUUAAUAUACUUGAUAAGAGCU